AUGCAACCGCAACCACACCCGUCGACGAGGAGUAGUAAGUUCCGCAAUUUGGGUUAUGCGUUUGGCGAUUUGGCAAAGGGUCUCAACGUUGAGAUUAUAAAUCGCCGUCUUGCACCGCCCCAUCACCUCCAAGGAAGAAGAAGCAACUAUAGAUCGGAGGGUGCUCUGAUCGUUGCCACCGAGACAGUGCAACCUGGAUCUCACCGUAGCCGCAUCUCCAGAUCUCCUUCGCACCCGCCAGUUCCUGCCUUUGCCUCCCACCAACAUCAGUUCCAAAAUAACACCUCCCGUCAACAUCAAUUCGAAAAUCACAAAACAAAUCCUCGGCCGGUGAUGGCAUCUGUCCCAAUCUAG